UUCUCUUUUCAGGCCAACUCAUCGGUCUUUUUGACAUAAAAUGAAUAAAAUUGGUUUUGUAAUGUUAUGAAUUCUAUUAAUUUGUUAUUGUUUAAGUAAUAGUAAUACUAAUAAAAUGGAUACUUACGCUUUGCUACUGUUGCUUAGUGUUUUUUGGCAUUACACUGAUGCGAUUAUGUGGAGUUUAGCUCCUAACACCCAGAAAUGUUUGAAGGAAGAAUUACAUGCUCAUGUGCUAGUAGCUGGAGAAUACGAAGUUACCGAAGUCCCUGGACAGAGAGUGGAUUACAUUAUUCGUGAUUCUAAAGGAAACAUUCUGUCACAGAAAGACACCGUAAAUAAAGGCAAAUUCACAUUUGUCACAGAAAUUUAUGAUACAUUUGAAGUGUGUUUCAUUUCCAAAGUACCACCAGAACGCCGUGGCAUCAGUCAUGAUGUAACCCUUGACAUCAAAGUUGGAAUUGAGGCUAAGAAUUAUGAAGGGAUUGCAGAAGCAGCAAAGUUGAAACCUAUGGAACUUGAACUUAAGAGACUGGAAGAUUUAUCAGAGGCUAUAGUCCAAGAUUUCACUCUGAUGAGGAAAAGAGAAGAAGAAAUGAGGGACACUAAUGAGUCGACCAACAACCGAGUCCUAUUCUUCAGCAUAUUCUCAAUGGUCUGUCUUCUUGGGCUGGCCACUUGGCAAGUACUAUACCUACGCCGGUACUUCAAGGCCAAGAAACUUAUUGAAUAGCACCUUAAAUAAGUAGGUCCGUGGAUAAAGUUACAUUGUGUCUCACGCAUGAAUAUAUUUUAUAAAUAUAUGUACAUAUAGUUACAUUAUGAUUCAUAAUUGAAAUCAUAUCUUCAAUAUCUAGUGUCAAUGGGUAGAUUAUCGCAUGCUAGCGUUUCUAGAUAAUAAGAGCAUUAAAGUCUACUCUUUCUUCUACAUGCCUAUUAAGGCUGUAUACAGAAAGAAAGCAGGAAGCCGACCAACGCUUGUGAGCGCUGGUAACAGUUACAUAAAGGAAGCUGAUUGAAGCCAAGUUGUUCAUUAAUUUCAAAGGGCGGUGCCAGCGCUGACCAGCGCGUGU